GUGGGGAGAUCCCUCUCCCGCUCUCCGGGCCGGCUCUUCCGUGGGGCGCCCGCCCCUUUCGCUCUCCGAGCCCUCCCUUCAUCUCGUCCCGCCGCCGACCCUCAUCGCUUUAAUCUUGGUGGGCCCGGGAGGGAAGGCGGGGGACGUCAGUGCCGAGUGGGCUGGUCCAGGACAAGGCAAGGCAAGGCAGGGCAGAGCUAGGCAGCUUCGCUUUUCACGGCUCCUUCCCUCCCGCGGGAAGCAGCAGCCGCCCUUCUGGACUGGCCGUGCCGAGGCCUGGCGGAGAGGAGGCUGGGACCGAGGUGACCCUAAGGGCUCCGCGGAGGCGCGCUCAGAGGCGCUUUCUUCCCGGCUCUGGGAAUUGACUGGCCAGGAGGGAGGCUGCGAGCAAGCGGCCGUGGACUGCGGAAACACCCUACUGAAUGACAGUCCUCUUUUUCUCAGAAGGAAGGACUCUGAUAUAUUGAUCAGGUGUGGAGUAUCAAACCAGAGGCAGUGCUCUGUAAACUCCCACACGGGGUUGAAACGUCAUAUGCCAGUAUGACUACUAGCACAGAUGUACACACUUCAGAGCUCGGCAGUCAAAGAAGAGGAAGAGAGAAACAAGAUGUUUAGAGUUAACAACAAAACUGCUUGCAUGACUACCGCCUUCCAAGAGUGCCUUCAGUUUCUGAAGUUGAAGAAUAAGUAAACGGAAACAAGGAUUGCAGAUUAUAUUCCUUUUUCUUUUCUUUUUAACCACUUGGGAUUUUAGUCUUUGAAUUGACGUGGCCACAAGCACUGGACAGCAAUAUGUGUCAUGUCAUUGUUACUUGUCGGUCAAUGUUAUGGACACUCUUGAGUAUUGUUGUGGCAUUUGCGGAGCUCAUAGCUUUCAUGAGUGCGGAUUGGCUGAUUGGCAAGGCCCAACCUGGAAGUUUUCAGGACACAGACAGCAGGAGGGCAGGAUCAGUGGAUCCUUAUCGUCCAACCUUGGGGAUCUAUGGACGUUGCACCAGAAUUGAGCAUCUCCAAUCUUCCAUGCCUGAUACAUCUUGUGGUCCCUAUGCAGAUAACUUCAAUGAAAUUGCGAGUGGUUUUUGGCAAGCUACUGCUAUUUUUCUUGCUGUGGGGAUCUUGAUACUCUGUGCAGUUGCAUUCGUUUCUGUUUUCACCAUGUGUGUACAGAGUAUUAUGAAGAAAAGUAUUUUUAAUGUCUGUGGGCUGCUACAAGGAAUUGCAGGCCUAUUCCUUAUCCUAGGGUUGAUCUUAUACCCUGCUGGUUGGGGUUGUCAGAAAGCAACAAGCUAUUGUGGACCUUACGCUUCAGCUUAUAAACUUGGUGACUGUUCUUUAGGCUGGGCUUUCUACACUGCUAUUGGUGGCACAGUCCUGACGUUCAUCUGCGCAGUCUUCUCUGCCCAAGCCGAAAUCGCCACCUCCAGCGACAAAGUCCAAGAGGAAAUUGAAGAGGGGAAAAGCCUGAUUUGCCUUCUAUAACACACUCUUCUCCAUAAAAAAAUUUUUUAUCUCAAAAAUAAUGGAUUUCAAGUAGCUAUUUGGACUCUUCUAGGAAGAAUGAAGACAUGUAAGUGUUCUGAUAGUCCAACAUCAUAAAAGGUUGAAAGGCACUGAAGUCUACAGACAGUAUUAAAAAAUGUGAAGUAGUGCGAAUUCUCCAUGAAUAUGAAGGAAUGCCACAAAGCAAACCUGUUGGCUUUCCAAUUUUUCUGGAAACAAUUAUUUCUAUUUUGUCUUCACCAAGAUGAAUGAUUAUGAAGGAUUUUUUUUUUUGAAGAAUAACUUGAAAUAUGUCAGGUUGUUUUCAGUACAUACAUUUUAAGACAACAUAAUCAGGCUCCAGUGUCAAAAUGGCAAGAACUACACUAUUAAAUUACUCCAUAGCAUCUUUUCGGAAAGCAGGUCAUGAAUAUUAAAAAGACACAAUAUUCUGGGUUGUAUGCAGUAGCACAUGGAAAGAAUAUGUCUUAAUAAAGUAAGGCUUCCAGUUGAAACUAGUGAAAACAAUUUUUGUUAAGCAAUACUUUAAACAUUGUUCAAUACAUACCUUACAUACCUGAGGCAUGGAACUAUAACAAUUUACGAGGGUAGCUCUGAAAACAUAAGCUAAAUUACUUUUAUUUUCAUUACACAGAUAGAUAGUUCCAUUAUUUGAUUAAUUAAUCUGGGUAGAUAUGUAUAGCUAUGGGGAAAGUUUAGACUCUUGUAUAUCUGAUACUGAACUCAUUAUUUGUCUUCAAUGAAGGUAUAGGAGGCAUCUUCUGCUAUUGGUCCAGUUGUAACCAAGACUGGUCCUUUCCAAGAACCAUCUGUUGCAUUUAAGUCCAUUUCAAGCAGAAAUGGCCAUUGUGCUCAUCUAUCAAAGGAUACCACGUGCCUAAAUUGUGACGUUACCGAAUGCUUUUGGGACUUUUUUAGUUGCAUCUAUAAGAGAAGUGUACUGAUUGAUUUUUUUUCAAAAAUGAGCCUUUUGCAUUAGUCAAAUAUGUAAAAAAUGUUCUGAGAACGUAAUGUACUGCAUUGCAGUGAUGGCUGUAGAAAGAGAAAUGAUGGGAGAACUAAUGCCUAAUGUCCAGAUCCUCAAUUUUUAGAUUAGCCUUAUUAACACUGAUAUUUAAUGUAUCUCUUGAUAGACAGAAAUAAUACAUUGUAGUUUAAGUUGCCAGGAUGAAAUAACACAUCAGACUCUGAAUAGUAACUUAUUUCUAGCAUAUCUUCUAAAAUUAAAUUUUGAAUCUCCAGUGAAGAGGAAUGUACUGUACUGUCUAACUCAGGAUUUUUGUGAAUAAGCCACUUCUUUAACCAUUGCUAUAAGUAUUCCAAAGAGGCAUUUGUGAAUUAACUGUGAACAUGCACACUUUACAACCUUGUUAAUUCAUUGAGCACCAACACUGUUCAUGAGGGAUUAAUUGAACCCAAACUGCUUUUGCAGAAUUGCUGUCAUAAUACCCCUUGUUCAGAACAUGUUGCUCUCACGAUAGAACCAUGAAAAGGAGACUGAACUGUUCACAUUUAUAAUAGUGAAUACUGAAAUUUACUAAAGAAUUAUGCAGACUGAUCUGCAAUCUGAUUAUAAAGUAUCGUAAUAAGCAUGGACCCAGUAUGGGUCCAAAACAAUCUUACCUAUUCUGGCAGAUUAACUUUCCUAGUUUCUAGUGUAAAAUGAUAUAAGCCAAAUUGUGGCCUGAUACUUUUUACAACCAGGUGCUUGAGAAAUUCUCUCUCAUCAGCAAUCCAAAACAGAGUUGGUGACUGGGCUAGAGUUAACUCCAAUAAAAUUUUGUUUGACGUUCUAAAAUAAAAUUCCACUCGGAGCACAAGAAAUAUCUAUGCUGGAGUAAUAUGCAAUUUAUUUUUUCUUUGGUACUGUAACAUUUUUGUGUUGUAGAAAUUAAUUACUAAGAUUGGACUAGAAUCAAAAAUUUCAAGUUAGAGUACUUUUUCGUGUCAUUAAAGAUACAGGACUAUUCAUAUACAUACAUUUGGAAGUAUAAAUGUACCAUGUUUUAUAGAGUAAAAUUUAAUUUGAUACUGCCCCACAUCAGGGGUGGGUUCUACUUACCUUUACUACUGGUUCGCAAUGGGAGCAUGUGUAUGUGCGCGCUUCUGGGCAUGCACAGAUUGUCAAUUAUGAUGUCCGGGCUGGUGUGCAUAGCCUCCUGCCACUUUUAUUACCAGUUUGCAAGAACCAGACAGAACCAGGAGCAACCCACCACUGCCCCCACAUGAGUGUUGUUACAUGGGUAGUCCUUGUUUAACUAUGAUAAUUGGGAUUGGCAACUCUGUCACUAAGUGAUGUGGAUAUAAAGUGUAAAUGUCAUAUGAUCACAUCAUUUUACAACAUCGGUUGCAGCAGUUUCAGUUGCCAUCAAUGUGUCAUGUGAUUGCCAUUUGCCACCUCCUGCCGGCUUCUCUGUUGACUCUGCUUUUUGGGAGCUGGCAAUGAAGGUCACAAAUGGCAACCACAUGACCAAGAGACUCUGCAACCAUAGUAAUUGCAAACUGGGUGACAAGUGCCUAAAUCACAAAUGUGACCUCAUGGAUAAUGCCACAGUCACAACUAUGAGGUAGUAAGUCUCCUUGUCCAGUGCUGCCAUAACUUUGAACAGUCACCAAAUGAAUAAUUAUUAGUCAAGGACUAUCUGUAAUUACCGUGACUAAGAUGAAGUGUACAAAUACUUCUGUCUAAACGUGCACAUCAUUGGCAACAAGGCUCUCUUAAUUAAAAAUGCAUAACCAGCUCUUCGGUGUUUUAAAGUUCUGCAUUCUGAAAAGGCACUUUGGAAAUUAGUUGAGAAUAGCAGUUAAAGGAGAAUAAAUAUUGGCCUCAUGAUGUGAAAAUAUUUUUUUACCAUUUUUCAUUCUCAUUGCCUUUCUAUUUUGCUCUUGCACAAUCUCAAAAUGAUUUUGAACAGAAAAGUUUGAAACAGUUCAGCAGUUUUAUAGCACAUUUUAAAAAUUAAAAUCUGGGACAAUAUUCUCAUGUUUCCUUCUUUGAAUUGGCAUCAAAGAAAAUUUAUCAGAUAUUUUGAACAAACAGCUUUUACAGGAGCAGAAGUGAUAACUUCAGAUUAUACAGAACAUUUAUUUUUUUAAAAGAAAAGGUACUAAUCCCAACAAUACAUUAUUCUGCAUACUUCUCUUCAAGCAUCUCCAAUUUCCUUUUCCAAUCCAGGUUCAAAAUCUGUAUACUGAUUUCAUACAAUGUAUUCUAGUUCUCCAACAUUUAAUUGAUUAAAAAUCAUUCAAGUAUAUUCAUUGAUUGUUCAGCAAAUUUAAAAUAAAAAUAAGUUCCAAUAGAAGAGACCAGGCUUCGUAUAAGCAAACAUAAUUUUAUACAGUCAUCCAGUAUUGUAUAAGGGAAAAGAAUAUAGGGUGAUGUCUAUGGGACAUAUGCAUUAUCUGUAAGCUAUCUUCAGAAUUUAAUCUCAUACAUUUGAUUACUUAAGUCAACCUUAUGUGCCACUUUUCCAGAUCUAAACCCAGUGGUGGGAUUCAGCCAGUUCGCACCACUUCGGGAGAACCGGUUGUUAACUUUCUGAGCAGUUUGGUGAACUGAUUGUUGGAAGAAAUCAUUAGGGCAGAGAACGGUUGUUAAAUUAUUUGAAUCCCACCACUGUCUAAACCUAUGUUUUUGUUGAAUGAUAAUAUCCCAAAACAUUAUAAUCCAUUUUAUUAGGAAAACAUUACAAUAAAAGUGAACCCUUAUUUCAUUAGAAAGAUCUUUAUAAUUAUAUAAAAAGAUGGGAUUGCUAAUAGUUUACUGUACAUUUCUGUGUCUCUUAAUAUUCAGCCUCCCUGAAGCUUCUGAGUUUCAGGGUCCCUGGUAUUAUGAGGCAGGAAUAAAAAGGGAAACCAGGUAGAAGCAAGCAGGUGGGCAGUGGGGAGAGAGGUAAGUAAGGAAAAUUCACUUCUGUUUUUCUAAUUCCAAUGCAUUAUUAUUCCAAUGCAUAAAUUUAUUCUAUAGCAAAUUAUAGCUAUAACCUUAAUGAAAUUUCCUCUGAAAAUGUUCUGCAGCUUGCAGAUCUCUUAAUGUUGGAGAAUCACAACUCCUAGCAUUGAUCUCCUUUUUGAGAAAGAUGCUAGCACUUGUAAUUCAUAGCAAAGUGGAGUAUAACGGCUUGUUUACCUUACUAUGAAAACAUAGUAAACAGGGAUGCAUGCAGACUAGGUAAUAUAGGCCCUGGUAAAUCUUAGCAGAUAUGAUGAGUUUGUUUCCUAAUUGUGGCAUUGCUUUACAGUACUUAACGUUUGAACCACAACACCAUCUCCAUCUGGUGCAGUUACCAUAAAUCCUGCCUCAGAAAUGCCCCAAAAGUAUUUUUUUGUGUAUGCCAUAUACACUGUGAUAACACUUAGUUUUGAUUGAAACUUCAGCCAAUGAAAUCUUAUUCAUAAACAAUGGAACAAAUAGGGCUACCAGAUUGGAGGUAUAAAGACAACCACAGAUGAUAGAUGAAGAAAACUUGCCAUUUCCGUGACCUUCCAGAUUUUUACAGUCCAGAUACAGUAGCUCUAUGUUCAAGAUCUACAAUAUAGUAUUGUAUUUCUGAUAGCUGGAGUAAUAAUGUUUUUGUAUUACUGCAUGGUCUGUAAAUUGAGAGUGAUAUUUCUGGGGAAAUAUAUGGCACAAUUUUAUUCAGUUGAAUAUUCAAUAUCACAACUUCAGGCUUAUAUGCAACAUCCCACAUACUUCUGUAUUUAAAUAAUUAGACCACUAUAUUCCCAACAAGGAAAAAUGUAUGGUUUAAGAAAUCUUUUCAGUGUCUCUUGAUUUUUUUUAAAAAAUUAAAUAUAUUUUACAGAGUACUAUAUUAACUUUACACAAUGGCACAUAUGACUUCUUUUUAAUACAUAUUACUUUAAAUCAAGAAAUGGUUGGUGAUUAAACCUGUGUUCAGACAGCUCAAAAUAAAACACUGUGGAUAAAUCAUUUUAUAACAUUUAUUGUGUUAUCUUCUGUUGCAAUUUUCAUUUAAUAAUAAAUUCAAAUUAUAAUAUGUAUAAUAUGCAAUAAGGACUUUAAAACUGAUUUGAAAGAGUCCAGAAUGGCAUAUCUUUGUGGAAAAGGAAAGCUACUGCAAUAUUAUUUAAUCAUUUCUAAAAAAUCUUUCUGUGGAAGAAAAAAGGAUGUUAAAAAUACAGUGAAACCUUGAUUUAAUAGUCCAAUUGGGGGGAAGGGAUGUCUGUUAUUCCUAAUUGUCCAUUAAAUCAGAAUAUAUAAUCUGUGGUGACAUUAAUGAAAGAUAUAAAUUGCACAUAUUUUGCAUUAUAGUACAUCAUUUGUUUAACCUUAUCAAGCAAAUGAUAUAAAAGCAACAUAGGUAUAUAUUGGGAAUUUUAUCCAUAGCAUCUGAAGCCUAUUGGACUUAGGUCUGUUAAAUCAAAAAUUUACUGUAUUGUAAUAAGAUUUCCAAAUCUUUUGAAAUCUGGUUAUUACAAGCUUACUCAUUUGUAGCAUUCUGUCUCAAUGUGAAAAGUAUUCACAUAUUUAAAAAUUCAUGAAUUGCUCAACAUUAAAGAGAGAACAGUAAAAAAGUCGAUGAGCUACAGUGUGCUGUUGGGCUGCAUUGCUAAUUUAAUUUUCUACAAUAUUAGUAAUUCUUUGUCUAAUAAACCAUAAU